CCGCGGUCUCUCUUUCUUCUUCUUCUUCAUUCUUUCCUUCCGCUGCAUCUUGGGUCUGCGCCGCGCAAAGGGCAAGAUUUCAGUAUUUCACACGGCGGUCCGUCAGUCUUGGUCAAGGUCUUGGUCACUCCUGGAUUCGCUGGAUCAGGCUCAAGGGGACGGACUCCGGUCGGUCGCCCCACACACAGAGCUGUCACUGCCGCCGCCGGUCCCACGAAUUCUCUCCAAGAAGAAUCCUUUUUUAGCGGUGGCCAUGGCCGGCGGCGUGGUCUGCGUGACCGGUGCCGGCGGCUUCAUCGGGUCGUGGAUCGUCAAGCUUCUCCUCGCCCGCGGGUACUCCGUCCGCGGCACCUCCCGCCGCGCCGAUGACCCCAAGAACGCGCACCUGUGGGCGCUGGAAGGCGCGUCGGAGCGGCUGGCCAUGGUGCAGGCGGACCUGCUUGACCGGGAAAGUCUCCGGGCCGCCUUCGCCGGCUGCCUCGGCGUCAUCCACACCGCCUCCCCGAUGCACGACACCCCCGAGGAGAUCAUCGAGCCGGUGAUCACCGGGACGCGCAACGUGGUGGAGGUGGCCGCCGACUGCGGCGUCCGCCGCGUCGUGCUGUCCUCCACCAUCGGCACCAUGUACAUGGACCCUCGCCGCGACCCGGACAAGCCCCUCGACGACUCCUGCUGGAGCGACCUCGAAUACUGCAAGCGCACCAAGAACUGGUACUGCUACGCGAAGACGAUCGCGGAGCGGGGCGCGUGGGAGGCGGCGAGGGCGCGCGGGCUGGACUUGGCGGUGGUGAUCCCCGUGGUGGUGCUGGGCGAGAUGCUGCAGCCAGGGAUGAACACCAGCACCUUGCACAUCCUCAAGUACCUCACCGGCGAGGCCAAGGCGUACGUCAACGAGUCGCACGCCUACGUGCACGUCAGGGACGCCGCCGAGGCGCACGUCAGGGUGCUCCUGGCCCCGGGCGCCGGGGGCCGCCGCUACGUCUGCGCCGAGAGGACGCUGCACCGCGGCGAGCUCUGCCGGAUCCUCGCCGACCUCUUCCCGGAGUACCCCAUCCCCACAAGAUGCAAGGAUGAGGUAAAUCCACCAAAGAAGGGUUACAAGUUCACGAACCAGCCUCUCAAGGACCUGGGCAUCAACUUCACCCCUGUGCAUGAAUACUUAUACGAAGCAGUGAAAUCCCUGCAAGAAAAGGGGUUCAUCCAGAAGGCUUCUGGCAUCAAGGAGCUUGGCAAACGGGGUUCACCGCCUCAAAAAUCAUCAGUGCCUCUAUUAGUUUCAAAACUUUGAUAGGUUUCUGCACAAACCCUGUGAUUUCGCCUCAUCAGAGUUUCAAUUUUUUGUGUUCUGGAGUAUUUGCUAGCCGGUUCUUGUAUGUGGCAAACUGCCAAUUUUGUCUAGCAGCACCCUGUUGACGCCUGGAGGCUGGAGCAGUACAUUCUGCAUUUCUACGGAACGAUUUCAGUCUUGAUGCCAAUAUUUUCCUUGAUCCCCAAACAUCUCUUGGGCCGUCCAUCUUGUCUGACACACUGGUAGAUGAAAUCAAUCGCUCAGCAGGAAUCCAUGGAAGUCUGCUUACCCGUCA